CUAAAUCUCGCUCAACGCUCUCCCAAUCGUGUUCCUCUGUCGAGAGAGCAGAUGAUUACUUCAACACUUGGUGUGAUGAGACAAGUCCAACCUCUCAACAUCGAGGAUGAAGAGGGCUUGCUAAGCGUCGACCAAGCAAGGCCUAUAGUCGAAGCUCUUGUGGACAAUGUUCUCGUUCGUAAUUUAUCUAGCGCUCCUGGAAUGUACAACACUUCCUGUCCUGAGGGUUGCGAACGCUCAGAGUCGCCAUGGAUUUGGUUGUUUCUGGUAUCCGCACUCGCCAAUGUCCUGUUAAUUUUUAUGACGAUUGCAUUUAUGAUGCAUAGUUACUUCAAAACUAAGCGAAUGCUUCGUGAGGUAACGGGCGUGCCGUCAAUCUCGAAGGAAAUCAAGCAACAUUGA